CUUUCCAGAGGCGUGAUCCGUGCGCUGCCGCUCUCUCCGAUGCCGAGCGGUGACACGGGGAUCGGCAAGCCUCCUCGCUUCUGUCACUCUCAGAUUGCAUGUGCUGAAAUGGAAUAGAUCGGGAAGGCAUAGACUGUCUGUCAACCAUGUGAAGCAUCUUGGAUUUUUGACGGGAGAUAAAGAGGAGGGACUGUUAGGAGGUGAACCUGAGAGAAGAUUUCCCAGCGGCUAGAAAGGGAGGAGGUGCCCAUAUGUUUUUUUUUUUUUUUUGUUGUUUUUUUUGAGCGCAAGCAAAGAGCUGCUUCUAAGGUGUUCUCCCUCAAUCUGCAGGAUAUUCUCACUGACAAUGAUCUGGGUUGCUACAUCGGCGCCGAGUCUCUCAUUCAUCCAUUUCUAACCGUCUGGAGGAACGUGAAGAAGUUUUGAUGAAUCAGUAUUCGUUAGCCGACGCUAUGACCGACAAGGGAAACUUCACAGUUCCGAAGCUUUCAGAGUCCAACAUGGGAUUUGGAGUGCUGGGAGUUUUUCUGGGGCUCCUCCUGGAGGUUUCAACCCACGGACCCCACAGCGUUCCCCGAACUUCCUGGAAACGCCAAGACUUGGAUCUCUUGGAGUUUUCGGAGCCGGGCAUCUCCAACUACUCGACGCUGCUGCUGAGCGAGGAUAGAGACGCUCUGUAUGUGGGAGCAAGGGAAGCCAUCUUUGAGCUCAGCAAGAGGAAUGUGACCGUCAGGAACCACAAGGUUCAGUGGAAAGUUGCAGAAAAUCCCAUGAUGAUGUGCACACUUAAAGGGAAAUCCAAAGAGCGGGACUGCCUGAACUACAUUAGAGUGCUCCAAAUAGUGGACGACGAGCGGCUUUACGUCUGCGGCACGCAUGCCUUCCAGCCUCAGUGUGAUUACUUGAAUCUUAGGGACUUUUCUAUGGAGGGUCGACCUGAGGAAGGCAGAGGGAAGUGCUCGUAUGACCCGUCGCAGAGCUUCACCGCCGUCAUGGUCGAUGGAGAGCUGUACUCUGGGACAGCUUACAACUUCUUAGGCAGUGAACCGAUUAUUUCCAGAUACUCUCCACCCCAUUCCCUGCUUAGGACCGAGUACUCCACGUCAUGGCUCAACGAGCCCAGCUUUGUCUUUGCAGACGUGAUAAGAGCCGGGAAGCACAGAGUAGACGGCGAGGACGACAAAAUCUACUACUUCUUCACCGAGGUGUCGGUGGAGUACGAGUUCUUUGGCAAGCUGCUCAUUCCCAGGGUGGCUCGCGUCUGUAAGGGUGACCUGGGGGGGCAGCGCACUCUGCAGAAGAAAUGGACCUCCUUUCUGAAAGCCAAGCUGGUGUGCUCCAUGCCUGAGCUCAACUUUGUUUUCAACGUGGUCCACGACGUUUUCAUCCUGAAGGGCAAAGACUGGAGGGAUACAAUCUUCUAUGGCAUCUUCACCUCUCAGUGGGGGAAUGUGGGUUUGUCGGCGGUGUGCACCUACAACAUGACAGCUGUGGAGGAAGUCUUCUCUAAAGGGAAGUAUAUGCAGAAGGCCACAGUGGAGCAGUCCCACACAAAGUGGGUGCGGUAUAACGGCAUCCCCCCUUCUCCUCGUGCUGGUGCAUGUAUUAACAGCCAAAUGCGCCAGCAGAACAUCAGCAGCUCGCUCCACCUGCCAGACAAAACCCUCCAGUUUGUGCGGGACCACCCGCUGCUGGAAGACCCCGUCCUGCCUAUUGGCAACAGACCUCGACUCAUCACCAAGGAUGUCAAUUACACCCAGCUGGUAGUCGAGAGGGUGCGCGCGCUUGAUGGGAACAUCUAUGACGUUAUCUUCAGCGGAACGGAUAAGGGGGUCCUGCACAAGUCUGUGGUGUUUGAGGAAGAUGUUCAUAUAGUGGAGGAGAUCCAGCUCCUGAAGAACUCUGAACCCAUAAAAAACUUACUGCUGUCCUCCAAGGUCAGACACCUUUUCAGUUCUCCAAAAACCCGAGCAGAAAUGAACCUUACAGGGGAAUUCUGUGAAUCUCAGAUAGGAUAAUUUAUGAAUGAAGGAGAUGUCUCCUGAAAAGUCGCUGAGGGUGGAAGCCAUAAACAGAAAGUGCUAAAGUGCAGCACAGCAAUAACACAAGGGUAUUAAAUGCAGCAGCAUAAACGUGUCUGAUAACAUUAUGAAAAGAGGGAAGCUAGUGAUUGAGAUCUUUAUGAAUCAUUUCCUUCUCUGUAGCUUUGCCAUGUUGACUCAUUUCUUUUCCAAGUCCUUUUCCUUUACUUCUCUGAAUCCUUUUCUUUUAACAACCACUGCCUCAGCCUAAAUGACAUACUGCCUUUUGGUAAUACCAAUUUUCUCAGCUCAACAUUUAGCUGAUUUUUAUCUCAAUGAUACAUUUGAGCCAAUUUAUGCAGAACAAAGGCUCAACAAAAUUAAAAAGCAGCCAAUGACAGGUCAGUUAUCAUUUGUUGACCGGAAUGUUCCAUUCAAGCCAAUUUAUUAGCCUCCAUGUGGCUCAA